AUGGGGGUGAAGACAGUCACCCUUCCAGAAUCACUUCUGUUCAUCUCAACGCUGGAUGGCAGUCUACAUGCUGUCUCCAAACAAACAGGAGACAUCAAAUGGACUCUAAAAGAAGACCCUGUCAUUCAAGUGUCCAUAAAUAUCACUGAGCCAGGUUUUCUCCCAGACCCCAACGAUGGCACCUUGUACAUUCUUGGUGGCAAACGCAAAGAAGGCUUGAUGAAACUUCCAUUCACAAUUCCGGAGCUGGUCCAGUCUGCUCCCUGCAGGAGCUCUGAUGGUAUCCUCUAUACAGGCAAAAAGCAGGAUGUGUGGUUUGUCGUUGAUCCUGAAACAGGAGCAAAGCAAACCAGUAUAACAACAUCCUCCUCUGAUUCCAUGUGUGCCAACACUCCACUGAUGUACAUUGGACGCACAGAGUACAUGGUUACCAUGUUUGAUACCAAGAAGCAGGAGCUGCGAUGGAAUGCAACAUACAACGAUUACUCUGCUCCACCCUAUGAUGAGAAACUCGACUAUAGAAUGGCUCAUCUUGUGUCCAGUGGCGAUGGCCUUGUUGUCACUGUUGACAGAGCGUCAGGUGACGUGCUUUGGAGUCAGAACUACGGCUCACCCGUGGUGGGGGUCUAUCUUUACUCGGGUGAAUCACUCAGACACGCCCCACACCUGUCGCUUGCCCUUGAGACGCUGCGCUACCUCACGUACUCCUCCCCAGUCGACAAGCAGACAGACGUCUACUCUACUCUGAAGUGGAGCUACCAGUUUGUGAAGGAGCAAGCCAGCACACAAACACAACUUGUGCCCACUCUAUACGUAGGAAAACUGGCCUCUCAUUUCUAUGCUUCCCCUUCCCUUGUUCACCAAGGAUUUUCCUUAGUGCCUCGGGGUCUGACUUUGGCUCGUAUUGAGGGUCCAAAGACGGCCGGUGUGACUGUCAGCGGGCAAGGGGAGUGUGAAAUCAUGCCAUCCACUGAUGUGCGCUAUCCUCCUGGGAGCACUAACACCUGGAAAAACCACUGGUUAUUAAUAGGGCACCACGAGCUCCCUCCAGUAGCACACACCACCAUGUUAAGAGAGUUCGGAGUCAAUUUGCCACGUUCCGGUGAUGCUGUCAUUCCUUCUCGACCUUCUGCUUCUCCGUCCUCACCCACCUCUACCUACAACCAGCGCCAUUUCUGGUCACUAGGCUGGGGCAACAGCAAAGAUGUUGGAAUAGUUGGCAACAGGAGAUCGGGAGAGCCCCAGAAUUCCGCCACUGUGUGUCACUUGACUGUGGCACAGGACUACAUGGCUGUAGCUGUGCUGACCAUAUUGCUGGGAGGAUGGUUUGCAUUUGCCCUCGCAUGCAUUCGAGUACCCAUGAAGCUAGAGGCCCAAUGGCAAAAGCUACAGGAAGUUUUUGAAUCUUGUGUCCACUAUACACAGAGCAAGACACCGACAGCGACCCCUGAUUCUUCUGACUUCUCAGUUUCCACCAACACAAGCAUAUCAAGCAACUCGCAGCAUGCAGCAGCAGAAACUACUUCUUACUUUCACAGCAGUAGAGGCUCAAGUGUGAAUAAAACCAGCACCUCAAAUUGUCCAACUGCCAGAGAAAACAUUGAUGAGGUACAUGUUGGUAAGAUAUCUUUUAACACAUCCGAAUCCCUUGGACAUGGCAACUCUGGAACAUUUGUCUUCAGGGGCAACUUCGACGGACGCCCUGCAGCGGUAAAGCGAAUCCUCCCCAAGUGUUAUGAGUUGGCAGAGCGUGAAGUGCAGCUCCUGCGACAAUCUGACACUCAUCCCAAUGUCAUCAGGUACUUUUGUACUGAAAGGGACAGCCUCUUUACGUACAUUGCCAUUGAGCUGUGUGCCGCCACCGUGCAGCAGUAUGUGGAAGAUCCAUCUAAUUUUCCCGAGCUGAGUCCAAUUAUUUUGUUGGAGCAGACUAUGUGUGGCCUCUCACACCUCCACUCACUCAAUAUAGUCCAUAGGGACCUGAAGCCUCGGAAUAUCCUACUCUCCUUUCCCUGUACACUGGGUAAGGUCCGAGCUCUAAUUUCUGACUUUGGGCUGUGCAAAAAGAUCAAGGAUGGUUGGAGCAGUUUCUCCUUACGCUCGGGUGAACUCGGCACUGAAGGCUGGAUGGCUCCCGAGCUGAUGACAACUGUUGCUUGCAACAAAUUGACCACUGCUGUGGAUAUCUUCUCAGCAGGCUGCGUCUUCUACUAUGUGCUCAGCAGGGGUAAACACCCGUUUGGCGAAACUCUGAUGCGGCAAGGGAAGAUCCUGUCAGGCGAAUAUCAACUCCCAUAUUUCAUGCAGAAUUUACACGAGGACAUUGUGGCUCAGGACCUGAUCGAGAAGAUGAUCUCUGCUAAGGCGGCGUGCCGUCCCUCUUGUGCCCGCGUGCUUAAACAUCCCUUCUUCUGGAGCCCCGAAAAGCAGCUGCUCUUCUUUCAAGAUGUCAGUGACAGAAUUGAGAACGAACCACUUGAUGGUGAAAUUAUGGUUAAUCUCGAAAGCAACUGCCGAGGGGUGAUUCGGACUAACUGGAGGCUGCACAUCUCAGUACCACUGCAGAGGGACCUGAGACGUUUCAGGAAGUACAAAGGCAACUCGGUGCGAGAAUUGCUGAGGGCUUUGAGGAACAAGAAGCAUCACUACCAUGAGCUGUCGCCUGACGUGCAGGAGAGCCUCGGAGAGUUGCCUCAGGGCUUCGUGGGCUACUUCACCUCUCGCUUCCCAAUGUUAUUGAUGCACACACAUGCUGCACUGGAAGUGUGUGCAAAUGAGAAACCGUUUCACUCCUACUACAUGCCCCCUGGUUCCAAAUAG